CAUGUUCACAGCGCAUAGUCUGUAUACGAAUUAAUUUCCUCAAUAGUUUCAAAUUCCAAAAAUGACCGUUAAUAACAGUUUAAUGCAAUACCGCGCUGCCAACUUGCAACAUUAGUAACCCUAAUUGUAAUUGGCAACACAACUCAUUGUGUCAAUGCUGCAAUCUGUCAAUACAUACAAUCCAUUUGACAGUGUCAAUACAGCAACAUAUCAUUACGUCCAUUACGUUGUCAGAGGAAAACAUUGAAGAAAAUCAUCACAAUUGAACCAUCCCACUCCGAAAACAAUAGCGCUCAAGUGUUUUUAUAAAUCGUUAAAGGCACUUUUAACGGUCAAAUUUGAAAAAAAAAGUUGCUCACAAGCAUACGCAGCGCAUUAGUAUGUUGGAUCCCAGUCAACAGCAGCAGCAAUCGAUCAAUAUAAAGUCUUCGUUUAGUGUGACAGAAGAAAAUCGUCAUUACCUGAAACUUUUCAUACAAACCUACCACAACCUUCCCAUCCUGUGGGAUACAACAUUGCGUGAUUACACAAAUAGAGAUAAACGUGCCGAGGCAUAUCAACAGUUGGUUCCCAUUUAUAAAUAUUUAAAGCGGGAUGCCAACUUGCAGGAUGUAAAGAAGAAAAUCAAUACUCUGAGGACCAAUUACCGCAAGGAACUGAAAAUUGUUGAAAGCUCUCGAAGACAAGGAACAAGUUAUCAGCCACGUUGUUGGACUUUUUACGAAUUGGAUUUCCUCAGAAAUGCGGAAAAAUUUCUUGCCAUUGACCCUAACUACAUAAAAAGUGAAACGCCAAGCAGCAACACAACAAAUUCCACACCUCCAUUCGGUCUAUUUAAUGAGACUACACCUCAGGGAAGCUUUUUGGAAAUGUCUCCUUAUGGCUUCCGUAUGAAUAAUGGUAGCUCACCGCCUCCAAGUAUAACGCAAUUGUUUCAAAAGAAUUUUGGCCAAAAUAGCAAUCCUUCCACACAGCAACAACAAAAGUCACAGGCAAUGCAACACAAUAUAGGAAAUUCCUUAAAUAAUAUGUCCGGGGCCAUAAGUAAUGGUGGCAAUGAUAUAAACACAUAUAACCAGCAAAUUCCUUCACAAGCAGAAGCAUCCACGCCAAGUAGUGAUGGAAAUAAACGUUUGAAAAUAUCAAACAAUUUGAAUAAAAAUUCUUACAGUUGUCUCUCUUCCAAUUAUCCCGAAGAAGAGUCCAUCACCCGAACAUGGGCACAUAAACUUAAGCGUUUACCUCGAGACCAACGGCUCUUUGCUGAAAAGUUUAUUAACGAUAUACUCUUUGAAGCUGAAUCUGGUACUCUGCAUCGGGGCUCAAUGCAAUUAAAUGCUUUCGAACCCUAUGUACGUUUUGAAGAGCCACAGGUCGAUGAUAACACAAACAGCACUAGUCACGACAAAUCGCAGAGUCCAAAUAUAAUGUCGAGCAAUUCACCUAAUACCGGCAGCAUGCCAUCGUCUAGUAAUGCGCAUAAACAGGCGUCAGAGAACAAUUGCGUUGCACCUAGUAUAGACAGUGAAAGUGAUUGUCCUAAACAACAGGCUGUGGGUUUCAAUAGCUACAAUUAAAGUGGAAGUUAUAAGCAAUAUUCUUUGUUGAACGGCUUAAAAUAGAAUUGAAAAAUAAUUAAUUUAGAUAUCUAUUUACUGCCGAGGGGUUUGGCCGAAAGUCGUUUUAUGGGUCGACUAUGAAUUGUAACUUUGUUGAGUUAUCAGCAGCCAAUUUUUUUUUAAUUUUAUGAUUUUGUCUUCUGGGAACAUCAUCACAGUUAAUAUGCAAUCCAUUAGACCUAUAUUUUUUAUCGUAUAUGGUAUCCAAGAUUCAUUAAAAUUUUUAUCGACUUGAUAUAGGUAUGAGUGUAAUGACCGAAAGGUCUUCGGGUGGAGUAACUAAAAUUUCUUGUAAUCAAACGUACACAAAAAUGUAUGUAUAUGUAUUCAUUAUACAAAAUGUAUAUAUUUGUAUCCAACCAUUUUAAUUGAAAGUAUUACUAAGUAAAUAUAUACACAAUUUCAAGCUUGGGGGUAUUAAUUUGUUUUAAACAAAUUCUAACAUCCCUGUUGCAACAUUACAUGUUUCAUCAUGACUGAUGAAAAAAAUCGUAUUUAUAUUUUCCAAAUCUUUCUCAACAUACGAAAAAUGUACAAAGAUAUAACCUCAUUGGGGGAUAAUUGUAAUUUGUACAAAUCUUAAUCCCUAUGCUGCACGCCAAUAUUGUGAACAAUUAAUGCACAAAAAUAAGAAAAUCGUAUCUAUGUUUCGGUAUGAUAAAUAUUUGCACAGUAAAAAUUUCAUAAUCAUAUUAAA